CUGUCUCCUAAUGAACAUUCAUGGAAAGCUCUCUACAUUAAGUGUAGCUGCAGUGAGGUCGAUCGUGACCCUCAAUGUGGCAUGGAACGAAACGUCUGGUUAGCUUGGCGAUGCAGAUUUGGGCGACCAACCCAAAGCUCGCCCAUCGGGAUUGGAUCGAGAUGUAGGUGUAAUCGAACCAUAAUACAAUUAGCUUAGCUAUGGAUUCGAUGCCUAUAACCCGAGCCGGCCGUAAGCUCCCCAAAAAAAGAGGCGGCGUCUGCACAUUCCAAAUUAUACUUUAUGAUGAAUCCGAAGGCAAUUAGUGUAACACAGCACCACGAGAUCGUCAAUAAAGCAAACACUUCGUACGCUUUGUCAACCCGCCCCUCCGCGCCGAAGGAACUAGGGUUUGGUCCCUGCCGCCGGUCUUCCAUCUUCUCAAACCCUCGCCAUGCAUGGCACCGCCACAGCGGCGAAGGCAUAAGGAGCAGCGGCGCUUUCCGCCUACCCGUCCUCAUUCUCCCUCUCCUCCCUCUCCCCCCUCUGCCUUCCCCGCAGCACUCUCCAAUAUGGCCGUCGCCCAGAUCUGCCUCUCAACCGGCUAUACUGCCGCGGAGCCCUCCGCCCUUGGCGCGCUCUCCGACGUCGCCGGUCGUUACAUCCUGGCUCUGGGUCGCUCCGCCGCCCACAUCGCUGCUGCAAAUGGCCGGACCGACGCUAACAUCCUCGACCUCGUCCGGGCGAUCGAGGACCUAAGCGCCGCACACGGCUUCGCCGGCGCCGCCGACCCGACAGGGCCGCCGCUGCGGUCAGGCGCGCUUAGUGGGCUCAUGGCGUUCGUGCAGUCGGUAGACGAGGUCCCCUUCCCGAGGCCCAUCCGGAGGGACGGUAAUCAAGAAACACCAGGGAAUCAAUGGACGAGCUUCGCGGCGGCGGGGCGGGAGCCGCCAUUCCGGCACGUGCCGCGGUGGUUGCCGUGCUUUCCGGAGGAGCAAUUGGGAGAAGAAGGGAAAGGGAUCGGAACGAGGGAGGAGGUGGAGAAGGAGAGGAUGGCGAUGGUGGUGACGGACGGCGUCAGGGGAGGCGAAGGGAAGAAAAUAGUGGAAUUACCGGCCGAGAGGGGAAGGGUUAGGUUUCGACUCAGUGGUAAACAGAAGAGGAGACGGAGGGAUUAGAAUCGUAGAUUUUGAUAUUUAAUUUAUUUUAUGAGCCAAUGAAAGAGAAGCAGUAGUGAUUCGAACC